AUGGAGGUAGUUGGAGUUGGGGUUGACAGAAUGACGAGUGAGGAUGAGGCUGCACUUAUCUCUCAUACCCCCCUUCCCACCACUGCAUGCAGCCCCACCCCGCCCCCGACAGCUCAGCUGAGAGGGCUGGAGGGUCACCCUCCCUCCCUUACAGACCUGGAGGCGCUGGAGCCCUCAUCGGGCUUGGGGGCGGCUGUAUCUGACUUGCUGGCAAUACAGAACACUAGCAUACCCCUCCCUACUCCCACCCCCCCGGCCCCAGUGGUACACGCCCACGAAGCCCCCCUCAUGGACCUCCCUCUUGCAGCCCCCAUCCUGCAGGAACCGUUUCACCCUUCUCCGAUGGAGACCGAUCUGAUCUUCAAACCGUGCGCCUCUGACGCAAAUGUAGGUGCACCACUCCUGCCUGCCUCUCCCCACCCAUCCCCAUCACCAGCCCUACCUAUCACCACGUCAGAUAGUUCCGAGGGCACGGCCAUGGCCGACCCCACCGACACAGCGAUGUCACCAGACGAGGCCGUGAGGGUUCGUGGUGGGUAUCUAGACAUCCUCUGCGCCAUCUUAGCGCGGGUCUCCCAGGACCCAGAGGCACCAGGCCCUGGCACCGACGCUCCUACUGGCUUUGGCGACACCGCCAGAGUGUUCAAACACGGCCGCCAUUGCAGCGCGCAUCAUCCGUUUUGGACGAGCCUGCUCGCCGUGUACCAGCUUUGGCUACGAGGCUACUGCGCCCCGGCAGCUCGGUCGCUAUUGGCAUCGUCCACCCUGGUCGCUCUCGCGAAACCGAACCUGGAUGUGCGUCCUAUCGCGAUAGGUGAGGUUUUGAUUCGCAUCCUUUCUCGCGCAGUAUGCUUGCAGCUACGGGACCAGAUGGCUAGAGUUUUCCUCACGUCACAGCAGUUUGGGGUGGGCGUUACCUGUGGGACAGAGGUCGUGGUUAGAGGCAUUCGUCGCGCCCUGGAUGACCACCCUGAGUGGGUGGUUCUUCAGCUGGACGUGGCAAACGCCUUUAACUCGUUUCAUCGAGACGCCAUGUUCCAGGCCCUCUACACUAGUGUUGAGUUCCGCUUUCUUAUUCCUUUCAUUCGCCUUUUCUACGGGACACCCUCCGAUCUCCUCUACCGAGCGAAUGGAGGGGUGACCACCAUUCACUCGGAGCGUGGGACCCGUCAGGGCGACCCGCUCAGCCCUUUCCUGUAUGCCCUCACACAGCGCGUGGCUCUACAGCCAGUUCUAGCUGAGGGCGAUGUCCAGCUAUGGUCAUACGCAGAUGACACUUACGUGAUGGGCCCUCCUUCCACGGUGCUACACCACUUCGCAAUGAUUGUGAGGCACUUGCGCGAGCUGGGCCUUGCGGUCCAGCCACACAAGUGUCUCGUCUACGGCAGGGAUUUUGUGACUUCCAGGGAGGUGGAGGCCUUCACGAGUCUGGGGAUUGAGGUCGCUCGCAGAGGACUCACCGUCAUGGGAGUGCCGGUGGGCUCUGACGCUUUUAUGGAGAGGAGCCUACCUGAACGUCUGGAGAGGAUGGAGCGCGUGUUGCCGUGGCUUCCGAGACUGCGCCAGCCCCAGACAGCGGCCCGUCUACUUUCGGCAUGCGUCAGCACGCGACCGCAGUAUCUGGCGAGGACAGUCCCUCCGACCCCGGCUUGA